AUGGCCGAAUCAAGCAAGAUUCAUCCUGCAACUCUUGUGAACAACAUCAAGUCUUGUAUCCCCAUCACUCUAGAUUAUGAGGGCAAGCAAUUUAACACUUGGUCGACUCUUUUCCAACUUCAUUGCCGUGCGAAUUUGGUGAUCGAGCACAUAAUUCCACCUCCGGUGGAUCCUUCGGCCAAGAAAACCGAACCCACCCCUGCUGAACAAGCUCUUACUCAACGCCUUGACGACAUCGUUCGACAAUGGAUUUAUAAUACCAUCUCCCCGGACCUUAUGAAUUCGAUUAUUGACAAUGAUGACUCAGAGUUGGAUGCGUGGAAACGGUUGGAGGAAUUCUUUCUCAAUAACAAGUCUACUAGAGCUUUGCAACUUGAUGCUCAAUUUACAAAUACUCGGCUGGAGCAAUUUGAUGGCGUCAAGGCAUAUUGCACUCAUCUUAAGUCUUUCGCGGAUAGCUUGAAAAAUGUUGGGGAUCAAGUCUCCGAUAAUCGUAUGGCACUUCAGCUUUUAAAGGGUUUAACAGAGGAGUAUAAGCCCUUUCGAACAUCAGUCCGCCAUAUGAACCCUCUGCCUUCCUUUGAUACUCUCCGUUCCAUGCUCGAGCUUGAAGAGCAAGGUAAUGCCACCGACAUCACCCACGACACCCACGAAGAGGCGCUUCUUUCUCAUGCCAAUUCCACGGGUCAGCAGGGUCAAGGAGAAUCCUCACAAAAUUCUUCUCGGGGGCAGCCUCGUCAAGGUGGCCGGAAAAACAAGGGCAAGGGUGGUAAAGGGAAAGGGGGUGGCGCGCCAGCCGCCGCCAGCCGGAGAAACCACCAGCAGCCGCCGUAG